GGAGAGUGAGAAGGGCAUGGUAAUGCGUCUUUUUCUGGGUGUGCAUUGCACCUUGUGGUUAGUAUGACCCAUUGCAACCACGUUUUAGCAAAAGCAUGCACUGUUUUAUGCAGCUGCAUAAAUCGUUUUGGUUUUCUUUCUUCUGCCCGCGCUGAGUGGAGAAAAGCUUGUUGCACGUCGACUACUUUCGAAACGUGUUUUGAGGACGUAAACGCGAAAUAACGGAAAAGUUGGCAGGAUGUAAUUACAAAUAGGAUUCCUGAGUGGAAAGACGAUGAGGGUGGCUGCCUAAAGUUUUUGGUGGGGAAAAAGAAGAAGAAGAAGGAGAAGGAGAAAUAAUCUAUAUAUACCGUGAGAAUGGCCCGGUUUGGAGACGACGUUCCCGGUUUGUUGGGAUCCGGGGAUGGAGGUUCCGAGCGCAACAGGAACCGCGAAGGACCGGCGGUGUCCACAGGUGGAGUUUCACCAGCGUUCAAACAGACCAAAGCCCAGAGAGCCCGCACCAUGGCCCUAUACAACCCCAUCCCUGUCAGACAAAACUGUUUCACCGUCAACAGAUCGCUCUUCAUAUUCGGAGAAGACAACGUUGUUAGGAAAUACGCAAAGAAGAUCAUAGAAUGGCCUCCGUUCGAGUACAUGAUCCUGGCCACCAUCAUUGCCAACUGCAUCGUCCUGGCCCUGGAGCAGCACCUCCCUGCUGAUGACAAGACGCCCUUGUCUAAGAGACUGGAAAAAACUGAGCCCUACUUCAUUGGAAUCUUCUGUUUAGAAGCCGGGAUUAAAAUUGUGGCCCUGGGAUUUGUGUUCCACAAAGGCUCUUACCUGAGGGUUGGCUGGAAUGUCAUGGACUUCAUUGUGGUGCUCAGUGGGAUUCUGGCCACGGCAGGAGCUCUCAUGAAGAUCCCGGUGGACCUGCGGACCCUGAGGGCGGUGCGAGUGCUGAGACCCCUAAAGCUGGUCUCGGGGAUUCCCAGCCUGCAGAUAGUGCUGAAGUCCAUUAUGAAGGCCAUGGUGCCCCUGCUGCAGAUCGGUCUGCUGCUCUUCUUCGCCAUCCUCAUGUUCGCUAUCAUCGGCCUGGAGUUCUACAGUGGGAAGCUCCAUCGCACCUGCGAGCCCAAUGCAAGCAUCCCUUAUGAGAGCAGGUCACUCGACGAGUCGGAGUACAGUUUCCCGUGCGGGUCAAGGGAGUGUCCUCAGAAUUACAGCUGCGCGGGCCCCUGGAUCGGGCCCAAUGACGGGAUCACCCAAUUCGACAACAUCCUGUUCGCCGUGCUGACCGUCUUCCAAUGCAUCACCAUGGAAGGCUGGACCAACGUGCUCUACAAUACCAAUGAUGCCUUAGGCUCCACAUGGAACUGGAUAUAUUUUAUUCCUCUUAUAAUUAUUGGGUCCUUUUUUGUGCUGAACCUGGUAUUGGGAGUCCUCUCGGGAGAAUUCGCCAAAGAGAGGGAGAGAGUGGAGAACCGCAGGGCCUUCAUGAAGCUGAGGAGACAGCAGCAGAUCGAGAGGGAACUCAAUGGUUACCGAGCCUGGAUAGACAGAGCAGAGGAGGUGAUGCUGGCAGAAGAGAAUAAAAAUUCAGGACCAUCUGCGCUGGAUGUACUGAAGAGAGCCACUAUUAAGAGGAGCCGUCUUGAUGCAAUCCGUCGCGGCCCAGGGGAAGAUCAGUACGCUGAUAUCUCCUCUGUGGGUAUCCCUUUGGCUAGGGCCAGUAUCCGGAGUGCCAAGCGGGGGCCUACUGCCUACCUUCGCCGCAAGGAGCGCAUGCUGCGAAUUUCCAUCCGCCGCAUGGUGAAGACGCAUUCCUUCUAUUGGACGGUGCUCAGCCUAGUGGCCCUCAACACGCUGUGUGUGGCCAUUGUGCACCACAACCAGCCCCAGUGGCUCUCCACCUUCCUCUACUAUGCAGAAUUCCUCUUUCUGGGCCUGUUUCUGACUGAAAUGUUUUUAAAGAUGUAUGGCCUGGGACCCAGACUCUACUUUCACUCAUCCUUCAAUUGUUUUGACUGUGGAGUGAUUGUGGGGAGUAUCUUUGAGGUUGUGUGGGGAUUCUUCCGGCCUGGCAUGUCCUUUGGGAUCAGCGUCCUGAGAGCUUUGCGUUUGCUGAGGAUAUUCAAGAUCACUAAGUACUGGGCCUCUCUGAGGAACCUGGUGGUGUCCUUGAUGAACUCCAUGAAGUCAAUCAUCAGCCUGCUGUUCCUACUCUUCCUCUUCAUCGUGGUCUUCGCUCUCCUGGGGAUGCAGCUCUUCGGGGGCAGGUUCACCUUUAAAGAUUACAUUUCCACUAACUUUGAUAACUUUCCGUCUGCCAUCAUGACUGUCUUUCAGAUACUGACAGGAGAGGACUGGAAUGAGGUAAUGUACAAUGGCAUUCGCAGCCAGGGUGGAGUGAAGUCAGGCAUGUGGUCCUCCAUCUACUUCAUUGUACUCACACUAUUUGGUAACUACACACUGCUAAAUGUCUUCUUGGCUAUUGCUGUGGACAAUCUGGCCAAUGCCCAGGAACUCACCAAGGAUGAGGAGGAAGAAGAAGCAGCCUUCAAUCAGAAACACGCCCUGCAGAAAGCCAAGGAGGUCGGGCCCAUGUCUUCUCUGAUGUCAUCAGAGAGGGAGAGGAGAAGACGGAUGACCAUGUCGGUGUGGGAGCAGAGGACCAGUCAGCUGCGCAGGCACCGGCAGAUGUCCAGCCGCGAGAUCCUCUUCAGCAACCCCAGCGAAGACCUGGACCACCCCUCCGGCUGCCACCAUCACCACAAGCCCGCGCAUACCCCCACGGACAGUCUGCGAUGCCUGCCCGAGCCCUCCGUAGCACUGGCCAUGCCCCUGGCUGAGCCUGCCAGGCCGAUGGACAUGCCCCUCUCUGACCCACCCAUAACCUUAGACAUACCCAUACCCGAGCCCCCCAUGUCCAUGCCGCUGCCAGAGCCCCCGGAGUCAGAACCCUUGCCCGUGCAGGGGUCUGAUGGGAAGCUGGGCGUCACCAACCACUGCCACCUGCCUCUCGACGGUCGGCGGAGUCCCAGGCUGAACGGGGACAGGAGACAACGGUUGGCUCGCAAGCUCCGGCCUCCACCAGGGGACACCCUGGCCCCCGACACUGGGCUGCGACCCAGGAGGCAUCGGCAUCGGGAGCCCCAGCCCGACGCCAGGAGCAGGGAGUCCCUGCACAGAGAGAGCAGCGAUUCCGUCAGCCCAGACAGCAGGGCCCCUGAGGAGGGCGAGGAAGAGGAGAGGAAGGAGAUAGAUACAAGCCAAUCAGAGAAAGGACAGACUGAACAGAGGCUGAAUGACACUGAAUUCCCUGAGUUCCCAGAAGUCCCAGAGUCCAAACCCAUGCUGAACUCCCCCCAAAUGCAGAAGAGGGAGGCAGAGGAGGACCAACAGGUAGCCCCGCCUACUCUACAGCUCACAGAGGAGCCAGCCCUGGAGCUCCCUGAUGUCACCAAGGGCGUGAGUGAAGCUGAAAACAACCCCACCUCUCUGAACAGUGAGAAGUGUCCCCUCAACACCAGCAUUAUGAUUGAGGUGACAGGUGUUCAGUCGUCACUGGAGCUGACCCCUAUUACAGCAAACAGUAAGGAUGUGGAGGCUGGCAAGACUGAAAAGGAGGAGGACCAGGGCCCCAGUCCACCCAGAGCUGCCCCACCAGACAGCAUGUUCAUCUUUAGUCCCACCAAUCCGGUCCGGAAGGCAUGUCACUACGUGGUAAAUCUGCGCUACUUCGAGAUGUCCAUCCUCCUGGUGAUCGCAGCCAGCAGCAUCGCCCUGGCUGCAGAGGAUCCUGUCUCCACCAACUCCAACUGGAACAAAGUUCUUCGUUACUUUGACUAUGUAUUCACCGGAGUGUUUACCUUCGAGAUGAUAAUUAAGAUGAUUGACCAGGGCUUGAUCCUACAUGAUGGCUCCUACUUCCGUGAUCUGUGGAACAUUUUGGACUUCAUUGUGGUGGUGGGGGCUCUGAUCGCCUUUGCCCUUACGAAUGUGAUGGGGAAUAACAAAGGCCGGGACAUCAAGACCAUAAAGUCCCUGCGAGUCCUCCGAGUCCUGCGUCCCCUCAAGACCAUAAAGAGACUCCCCAAACUUAAGGCGGUGUUUGACUGUGUGGUCACCUCCCUUAAGAACGUCUUCAACAUCCUCAUCGUCUACAAGCUCUUUAUGUUCAUCUUCGCUGUAAUCGCUGUGCAGCUCUUUAAGGGGAAGUUCUACUACUGUACUGAUGGGUCCAAGGACACAGAGAAGGAGUGCAACGGUUUCUAUAUCGACUAUGAUAAGGACAAGAAAGAAGUGAAGAAGAGGGAGUGGAGGAGGCACGAAUUUCAUUAUGACAACAUUGUCUGGGCCCUGCUCACCCUUUUCACUGUGUCCACUGGAGAGGGCUGGCCAGAAGUCCUGCAGCACUCUGUGGAUGUGACGGAAGAGGACAGGGGUCCCAGCAGGGGGAACCGCAUGGAGAUGUCCAUCUUCUAUGUCGUCUACUUUGUGGUCUUCCCCUUCUUCUUCGUCAAUAUCUUUGUGGCCCUCAUCAUCAUCACCUUCCAGGAACAGGGUGACAAGAUGAUGGAGGAGUGCACCCUGGAGAAGAAUGAGAGGGCAUGCAUAGAUUUUGCCAUCAGUGCCAAACCCCUUACCCGCUAUAUGCCACAGAAUAGACAAACCUUCCAGUACCGGCUAUGGCACUUUGUGGUCUCCCCCUCAUUUGAGUACACUGUGCUGGCCAUGAUCGCUCUCAACACUGUUGUCCUCAUGAUGAAGUACUAUCCUGCUCCUCCAUCGUAUGACACAACCCUGAAACAUCUCAACACAGCCUUCACUGUGCUCUUCUCCCUGGAGUGUGUCCUCAAGAUCCUGGCCUUUGGCUUUCUGAAUUACUUUCGAGACACUUGGAACAUAUUCGACUUCAUUACUGUUCUGGGCAGCAUCACUGAAAUAAUAGUUGACUUAGUUGGAUUACAGGCCUCUAGCAGUCCUGGCCCUAACGGUUCAUCAGAGAACAACCUGAGCACCUUCAACAUGAGUUUCCUUAAGCUCUUCCGAGCUGCCAGGCUAAUUAAGCUGCUGAGGCAGGGCUAUACCAUCCGCAUCCUGCUCUGGACCUUUGUCCAGUCCUUCAAGGCACUUCCUUAUGUCUGCCUGCUCAUUGCCAUGCUAUUCUUUAUAUAUGCAAUCAUCGGGAUGCAGGUGUUUGGAAACAUCAAGCUGAGCUGGGAAAAGCCCAUCAACCAACACAAUAACUUUAAGACCUUCUUCAAUGCCCUCAUGCUGUUGUUCAGAAGUGCCACCGGAGAGUCUUGGCAAGAAAUAAUGCUGUCCUGUCUGGGGGGACAGGAGUGCGAGGCUGAUCCUUCCAUCCAACCUGAAGGCGACAACAGUGCCUGUGGCACCGACUUUGCCUAUUUUUAUUUUGUGUCCUUCAUCUUCUUCAGCUCCUUUCUGAUGUUGAACCUCUUUGUGGCGGUGAUCAUGGACAACUUUGAGUACCUGACUCGAGAUUCCUCCAUCCUGGGCCCGCACCACCUGGACGAGUUUGUGAGAAUCUGGGGAGAGUACGAUCGUGCUGCAUGUGGCCGCAUUCAUUACACUGCCAUGUAUGAGAUGCUGACCCACAUGUCACCGCCACUAGGCCUCGGCAAGAAAUGUCCUUCCAAAGUCGCUUAUAAGCGGCUUGUCCUGAUGAAUAUGCCAGUGGAUGAAGAGAUGUCCGUCCAUUUUACCUCCACCCUCAUGGCCUUGAUUCGAACUGCCCUGGAGAUCAAAAUCGCCAGAGGAGGAGAUGACCGGGGCCAGCUGGACAUUGAGCUACAGAAAGAGAUUAGUGUCAUCUGGCCUCACCUCUCUCAGAAAACCCUGGACCUGCUGGUCCCAGUGCACAAAGCCAGCGACAUGACGAUUGGAAAGAUCUAUGCAGCCAUGAUGAUCAUGGACUACUACAAACAGAGCAAAGCCAAGAAGCUGAGGCAGCAGUUGGAGGAACAGAAACAUGCUCCGAUGUUCCAGCGCAUGGACGCGUCCUCCCUGCCCCAGGACAUCCUGUCCAGUGCCAAAGCUCUGCCCUUCCUGCCCCACAGCGCUGGAUCAGCCCUGACCAGAGGGGGUUUUGUGGCUCUCAGUCCUAUCUCACCCCAGGAGCUCUUCAUGCAGCCCAGGUCUCCGGACAUGGAGAGCAAGGAAGACUUCCACCACCGGCAUCAUCACCACCACCACCACCAUCACGCCCCGGUGCCGGAGCACAAAGAGUAUAAUCGCGUCCUUUGCCCCGCUAACAGGCAGGGCGCACCGCUCAAGGUGCCGUGGAGGGCAGUAUCUAUCCGAGCCUCCUCCAUGCCGCGGCUGGCCGUAGAACCACAGCAGGUGAUGACAGACAGCAGCUCAAUGAAGCGCUCCUUCUCCACCAUUGGUGACCAGUGUGUCAAUGGGCUUUGGUUAGAUGAGUACUCCCUAGAAAGGGUCAGCCCUGACCAGCUAUAUAGACCACGACGAAGAAGCUACAAGGGCACAGGAUCCAGGUCAGACCACAGACAGCAGGAGGACAGAGAGAGGGGGCGGUCCAAAGAACGCCGCCACCUGCUGUCCCCGGAUGUGUCGCGCUGCAACUCAGAGGAGCGGAGCCAGCAUCAGUCACGAGAGCGCAAACAGUCUCGGUCCCCCAGCGAGGGGAGGACACACACCCCUCACAGACAGGUUGUCAGCGGGGGCAGCCCAGCUCCUUCCGCCUCGGACUCUAGCACUCCUCGUGGCCGACGGCAGCUGCCCCAGACGCCCUCGCGGCCGAGGCCCCACAUCUCCUACUCCCCCCUGGUGUGCCGCGCCCACCCGUCCCCCGGGGAUGACGGCGGCAGCGCACGGACCCAGGACGUAGGACAAGGGGAGAACCCAUCGUGGGAGGAGGGAGGGGCGGCCCCGGAGGGAGGAGGACAGCGGGGAGGGGGCAGCCACCUCUCCACCCCGCACCGCUACAUCUCCGAGCCUUACCUGCCCCUGCACGAGGAGUACAACAGCCCCGACUCGGCCGGGCUGGAGGAGACGCUCACCUUCGAGGCGGCCGUGGCCACGAGCCUGGGACGCUCCAACACCAUCAGCUCGGCGCCCCCUCUGCGGCACAGCUGGCAGGUCCCCAACGGCCACUUCCGCAAGCGCCUGGCCCAGUCCAGCUCUGUGGCUGCCUGCGAGCUCUUCAGUGACACCGACGAGGACGACCGCUGUUAG